UUUUCUGUUGUGCGUAACCGUGGUAAAAUGGAAAAUCCGAUUGAUACCUAAAACAAAAAUGUGUUGGAAGAUUGACACAGUUUCAGUUGAAUCUUAAUUUAUUAGGUCAUAAGCAAAUAAACGAAAUAACGUAAAAACGGAUCGGUAAUCAUGGACGAGUCCAUCAUCUAAACCCAGGGGUGUAGUACGGAUCCUACAACGCGACUGCUGCAAGUGAAAUGCAGGAGCGCAGAUGCACUUCCAGGAGCAACGCGGCACGUAAAAUUCUAAAAAUGGUGGACUUGUGAUUGUCUCUGCAAUUUAUGCAAGUUUAUGCAUCUGUGUAUGAAAUGUUUGAAGUCAUGACUGCUCUUUUAUGAUUUUAUCGAACGUGGUGCGCUAGCCGGUCACCAUGGUGCUGACGCGGCUGUCGCACGCGGGCGGCGCCUGUCCGCUCGGCAAGGACAAAGAGGACGACUGCUUCGAGUGCUCGUCGGAGGGCGGGGGCGCGCAGCCGGGCCGCUCCAUCUUCCAGAAGCCGCUGCCGCCGCGGCGCACGGCCCAGCUGCACGUGCUCGACCUGCCCGUCGAGAUCCUCGAAAAGAUCCUCUCGGUGCUGUCGUUCGGCGAGGUGUCGCGCCUCCGCAUCGAGCACUGCGCAGCUGGCGAGCGUGAAGAAGGAGAUGCGCAGCUACAAGGCGCGCGUGGAGGAGCAGUCGCGCACGAUUGCCGAGUACACAGCCCGCCUGGACGACCACGACAAGAAGUUUGAUGAGAGCGCGCGCAAGUUCACCACAGUGCUGCAGGAGCUGAACGAGUGUAAGACGGAGCUGCAGUACUGGCGCUCGCGGUCGGCGCAGGGCUCGGACUGCUGCCAGACGGCGCCGGGCGCGCCGGCGCCGCUGGAGGAGCUCGCCUCGCCGCCGUCGCCGGGCGCGCCGCUGGCGGCCGAGGCGGCGGCCGACGCGCCGCUCAAGUCGCCGCAGCGCUGGGACGCGCUGCCCACGGCCGACGACGAGCCGCGCCACAGCGACGAGUCGGAGACCGAGGGCGAGAACAAGAUGGAGACGCGCAGCAAGCGCAAGACCAUGGACGGCGACGAGCUGCGCCGAGCGAGGACGCUGAAACCGCGGAAACGGGCGAAAAACUAGCGGCGCUGCCGGCGGUCGGCCGCGGCCACAUGAGUUCUCCAAAGGUACAAAGGAAGGAAAUCAACAAUCACCUCACGUUUUCGCCCGGCGCGCCGCGCCCUCACUGAAAGGUCAUACCGGACCCCGCAGGUGCGCCCGUGUUUUUUAAUCGUCGUGCGGCUCCGCCUCUCGACCCCUUAUCUGCCUCGUCGCCGCGUCAUCUAGGUAGACCUCGACUAGUCCUGUACUUGAAUGUCACGUAGUAAUGCGUUUAGGUUCUUAAAUGAUAGCGUUUGCGCCUGCGCCGCCCUGGUUUGCCUCUUCUUGCGCGCGUUGCCGCGCAGCUCCGUGACAUCGCAUCAGUCGCAGUCAUCCACGCGCCAAGGAACGCCAUUGUGCAACAUUGUUGUCGGCGGUGGUGGGCGCACCGUCGUCGGACAGUUUAGUGGGACGGGGUGGGGUGCCUGACUUCGGCGCCGGGCCCACGCGGGCUGGGACGCCCGAGCGACGCCGCGCGCGGACGCGGAGGCGGGUGGCAGGCUGAUUACGGCGCGCUGGGCCGCUCUCGGGGGGCAUGCAGCUGCUUCGCACCGGGGCGGCGCGCGCUGUCCGCGGCUGCGGUCCGGCACCGCCGGUGGUACGCGGCGAGCCCGCCGGCCGCCGCGGGCGUGUACAAUAGUGCUGCGGUGAUGGAGGACGCGCCGUGAUGGACUCAUCUCAUAGGUUUGUGGGGUCGCUGGAGCCGAAAUAAACGCCGCCAUCUGA